ACAGCUUCCUCUAAUACAGCUACUCCUGAGCUGAUGCUCCCAACAUCUUCCCUCAAACGGGCAAAUCUGCUCGGUUGCACCAAAUCAGGACUAGCUAGCCCUUUCCUCUUCCCUCCCCCCCUGCUUCCUCGCCCCACUGUCACCCAGCUACAUGCCUGUUCCCCAUCUGUCAUAUCUCCUCCCUCUCCACUACCUGUCCCCACUAAACUCUGCUCAGUCAGCAGCAGACUCCUCUCAAGAUUGUCGAUCUCCCCUUAUGCUCUGGGAUUGUUAACUUCAAUAAUACAUACAACUUGUACUUUCCGGCUAUCGUUCUGUGGAUCAAAUGUAGUGAACCAUUUCUUUUGUGACAUUCCUCCACUACUUAAACUUUCAUGCACUGAUACCUUCUUGAGUGAACUCUUCAUGUUCCUACUAUCCAGUGUUCUUGGUAUACUUUCUGCUGUAAUUAUCCUGGUUUCAUAUGUUAAAAUUAUCUCGGCCAUGUUGAGGAUGAAUUCAUCACAAGGAAGACAGAAGGCCUUCUCAACUUGUUCUUCUCAUCUAAUGGUGGUCGCAUUGUUUUUUGGGACAGCUAUAUUUGUAUAUGCAAGACCUAUUUCCAGUUAUUCAGUUCAGAAGGACAAAGUGGUUUCACUGAUUUACACAGUAGUUAUACCUAUGUUGAACCCAAUUAUUUAUAGUCUACGAAACAAACAGGUGAAAGUGUCUGUCAAGGACAUGUUUGAGGAACGGCACUCUGAAGCAAAAAUGAAAAUAAGCAUGUUUCGGCCCAUGCAAGUUGGUUCCCCCGAGACCCUAACCGAUGGCAGUUCUGAAAAUGGAAAUUCUUCUGAUCACCUGCUCGACCCGAAUUCAGCUGGAUUUCUAGUGGAGACUUUCCUCAAGUCACUCAAAACACAAUUUGCAUUUAAAAGUGGUUCUAUCAAGUAUUGA